AUGUCCCUCCUCCUCCGUUCCCUACCGGCGGUGGCCCACCGCGCCAAAUUCUCACUCCCGUCUCACCUGCCUGUCCUCCUCCUCACCUUCCGCCGACCGAAGCUAAAUCCAUCCAAACUCCUCAUAACUCGCGCAUUUUCCUCCAUCCAUGCCUCCGACUCUGAAACUCUCAGUGUCCCUACUCCCAAGCAGCCGCUCCAAUCCUCCGCCGAUGUCAGCUCGAAUGCCCUAGAGUGGUUGAGUCGAACUGAUUUCUGCGGAGACUUGGCCGAACCGGACGUUGGUAGACGGGUUCGCCUCUGCGGGUGGGUGGCGCUCCACCGGGUUCACGGCGGUCUCACCUUCCUCAGCCUUCGUGACCAAACUGGAAUUGUUCAGGUUACUACACUUCCGGAUGAGUUUCCUGAAGCUCAUUCUGUUGUGAACGAUUUGAGGCUUGAGUAUGUGAUCGCUGUGGAAGGUGUGGUUCGCCAGCGUCCAGUUGAGUCCAUUAAUAAGAAAAUGAAGACGGGCCUCAUAGAGGUUGCUGCAGAGCAUGUCCAUGUAUUGAAUGCAGUGAGAUCUAAGUUGCCUUUUCUGGUUACUACAGCAGAUGAUGCAAAAGACUACACAAAAGAAGAAAUUAGAUUGAGAUACCGAUGCUUGGAUUUACGGCGUGUUCAUAUGAAUGCGAAUAUAAUGUUGCGGCAUAGAGUGGUGAAACUCAUUCGCAGAUACCUUGAGGACAUUCAUGGUUUUGUGGAGAUUGAAACUCCAGUUCUAUCUAGAUCUACUCCGGAAGGUGCAAGGGAUUAUCUAGUGCCUUCAAGAAUUCAGCCUGGAACAUUUUAUGCUUUGCCUCAAAGCCCACAGCUCUUCAAGCAGAUGCUUAUGGUCUCGGGUUUCGAUAAGUACUAUCAAAUAGCAAGGUGUUUUAGAGAUGAAGAUUUAAGAGCCGAUAGGCAGCCCGAAUUUACCCAGCUGGACAUGGAAAUGGCAUUCACUCCUCUUGAGGACAUGCUGAAACUGAAUGAAGACUUGAUUAGAAAGGUUUUUCUUGAGAUCAAAGGAAUUGAGCUGCCGAAUCCUUUUCCAAGGCUAACAUAUGCUGAAGCUAUGAGCAGAUAUGGAUCAGACAGGCCGGAUACACGCUUUGAUGUUGAACUGAAAGAUGUAUCCAAUAUUUUUAGGAAUUCGUCCUUCAAGGUAUUUGCAGAUGCCUUGUCGUCUGGGGGUAUUAUUAAAGCACUGUGUGUACCUUCAGGGGCCAAAAGCUAUUCAAAUAGUGCUCUUAAGAAGGGUGAUAUAUACAAUGAAGCUAUUAAAUCUGGAGCAAAGGGUCUACCUUUCUUAAAGGUCUCAACUGAUGGUGCCCUUGAAGGGAUUCCAGUGUUAGUAUCGAGUUUGGGCAGAGCAGAUAAAGAACAUUUACUUAAUAUACUGUGUGCCAGUUCAGAUGAUUUAAUAUUAUUUGCAGUGGGUAACCCUGCAUCAGUUAAUAAAACUUUAGACCGCCUGAGGCUUCAUGUAGCUCAUGAAUUGGGCCUGAUUGAUCCUUCAAGGCAUUCUAUCCUAUGGAUUACUGAUUUUCCAAUGUUCGAGUGGAAUGAAUCUGAGGAAAGGCUUGAGGCCUUGCAUCAUCCAUUCACAGCCCCCAACCCUGAUGAUAUGAAGGACCUAACUUCUGCCCGUGCCUUAGCUUAUGACAUGGUUUACAACGGUGUUGAGAUUGGUGGAGGGAGCUUAAGAAUCUACAAACGCGAAGUCCAAGAGAAGGUUUUGGAAAUAGUUGGCAUUUCCCGUGAACAAGCUGAAGCCAAGUUUGGGUAUCUUUUGGAGGCUUUGGACAUGGGUGCUCCUCCACAUGGAGGUAUUGCUUAUGGGUUGGAUAGACUGGCGAUGCUUUUGGCAGGGACGAGCUCGAUUAGGGAUGUUAUAGCCUUCCCAAAAACAACUACUGCCCAAUGUGCCCUUACUCGUGCACCUUCUGAGGUUGAUCCCCAGCAACUAAAGGACCUAUCCUUUCAUACAACACAUUAA